AUGCUGGUUCAGGAGGGAGCUCCCUCCUUCCAUGCGCUCCGCCAAAGUCCCCCUCGCCCUCCUCAAACCCUCCCCUUCUUCUUCAUUUCCUUCUCCUUCUACUUCUCCUGCUCCUCCGCACUCCAAACCCUACCCCUUCUUCGCCUCCAAAACCCUCACCAAGCCCAAGAGCAAGAAGGAGAAGAAGAAGCAAACCCUAACCCUAACCCCAACCCGGAGGGGGAGAGCGCGCCUUGGGUGGAGGUACACCUCUUCCGGCGAGGGAGAGGCCCCGUCGGCUUCUUCCUCCACCUCUCCCCCUCCUUCUCCCCCGACCGCUCCACCUUCCUCCUCCUCCUCUCCCACUCCGCCGCCGCCGCUGAAGACGACAACGCAGACGACGCCGCGCUGAGCCACGUCGUGCGCGUCCUCGACCUCAUGGCGGGCGCCGGGCACGCGCCGGACNCCGCCGCCGUCGACCUCGCCGUGCGCGCGCUCUGCUCCGCCGGCCGCCUCGACGACGCCUGCGGCCUCGUCCGCCACGCGGCGCUCCGUACCGAUCCCCGCCCCGCCCCGCCCGACGCCUACACGUACAACUUCCUCGUCCGCCGCCUCGCCCGCUCCCGCCCCGUCUCCGCUGUCUACGCAUUCAUCGAGGAGCUCCGCCGCGACGCGGGGCUUCGCCCCGACCUCGUCACUUAUACCAUCCUCAUUGAUGCGGUGUGCCGCAGCGGCAACCUCCGAGAGGCGGUGAGGCUCCUCGGAGUCCUCACGGACGCUGGGUUCAAGCCCGAUUGCUACCUUUACAACACUAUCAUGAAGGGGUAUUGCAUGAUGGAUGAGUGCGGCGGCGUGAUGGAGGUGUAUAACCGGAUGCGGGACGAGGGCGUGGAGCCCGACCUGGUAACGUAUAAUACUCUUGUGUAUGGGCUUUCCAAGGCUGGGAUGAUCAGCCAGGCGAGGAAGUUCUUGAGCGUGAUGGCCGAGAUGGGGCAUUUCCCCGACACGAUCACGUACACAGCACUGAUGAGCGGGAUGUGCAGGAAGGGUGAUGCAUCGGGGGCGUUAGGGUUGCUGGGGGAGAUGGAGCAGAAGGGGUGCGAGCCGAACGAGUGCACGUAUAAUACGUUGCUGAUGGGGCUGUGCAAGGCCAAGUGUUUGGAUAAAGCGGUGGAGCUGUAUGGGAUGAUGACAGCUGGCGGUAUGAAAGUGGAUUCGCCGGCUUAUGCGACAUUUCUGAGGGCGCUCUGUCGGGCGAACAGGGUCGCUGAGGCUUAUGAGGUGUUUGAUUAUGCAGUGGGCAGCAAGAGCUUGAUGGACGUGGCUGCUUAUAUGGCUUUGGAGAACUCGCUCAAAUGGCUGAGAAAGGGAAGAGUAUAAUCAAUUCGUUGUCGAAUGUCAAGGUGGAGGUGUGAAGCAAGCCUAAAGGCGGGCAGAAUCAUUUUCAUGCAUAGUCAGCAAACUGGUAAUGAGCUAUUACUGGAGGUAUUUUUUUUUUAAAUUUCGGGAAGAGAGCUUAUUUAUGGUGUUCUUUACUGAAUAGCUUCUUAGUUAUCAGGUAUUCUGUGCACAAACAUGUGUUUAAUUGUAACAGCAGGUUAUUAAUGGAUUAUGGCCAUGGUCAUGUUCCCCGCAUGUAAUCGAGCAGUUUCUGGGGCAGCUACACAUAUUAGCAGCCUCAACAUGCUCCCACCAAUUGAACCUUCAAAAAUAAUGGCAAAACUAAUGGCAAAGUCACUGAUAGCAGCCUCAACAUGCUCUUUCUUACCAAUUGAACCUUCAAAAGUAAAGGCAAACUUUGUACUGAAGUUGAGCAGCUGAAUAUUUGUUGAUUUGUUAAAGCGAACAAUUCUUUGUAAGAACAAGUGAAUUAUUCUGCCAAACAAGAAAAAAUAUAUCUUCUGCUGUUCCUGUAAGAAUACUAAUGUUUGUAUUUGUAACCUACACUAAUGUUUUAUUUUCAAGUUCUUUUUUCUCUUUGUUCGUAAACUACACUAAUGUUCUAUUUGUAACCAAAGUGAGGAUGCAAGGAUGCACAUUCGUAUAUGUAUACAUGUAUGUAUUAAUUAAUAAUGA